UACAAUGUGAUCAACCCCCAAUGUGUGUGCCCCAUUGGUAUUAUGCCGUGGGCGUGUUCGCGUAGUUUAGUGUAGCGUUUCUUUUGCCUAUACAGAUCUGAAUCUUCAUUAAUGCGCCGUCACCUUUCAAUCUACUUAACCUAGAUCAUACGGAAGUAUGAGUCAGGAAGCAUCAAUCGACACAACUGCAGCGCGCAGCUCUUCAUCUAACAGCUCUGCCUUAGAACGAGGAUCAGCGCACUCGACAUCAUCUUUAUUAGAAGAGCCUCCUCUCACUUAUCAUGAGAUUGCUGAGCUUAGCUUCACAUUUUGUAUCCUUUGGUUCGCAGCCAACUGGGCCACCAACGCAUCCUUAGCGUACACCACUGUAGCCAGCUCCACGAUCCUGGCAUCUAUGUCUGGAUUCUUUACACUCGCUAUUGGUGCUAUACUCAAAACAGAAACGUUCAGCGUCUUCAAGUUGAUAGCGGUUUGUGCGAGUGUGGCAGGAGUCGCAUUGGUCAGUGAGUCUGAUCGUGGAGAGAGCGGUACCAAUAAUUUUAUGUUUUCAGUAUUUGAAACUGCUUCCGCCGGUCUUGCUGAGGACAGUGCAAAACCUACUUCUCCAUCGGCGCCCUUGUUCGGAGAUUUUCUUGCUCUCAUGUCCGCCAUGUUCUACGGAUGUUAUACUGUACUACUCAAACUCCGGAUCCAAAACGAAAGCCGAGUCAACAUGUCACUAUUCUUUGGGUUUGUUGGUCUAUUCAACAUAGUCCUACUAUGGCCUAUGUUUGGGGUCCUCCACUGGACAGGGAUUGAACCGUUUGAACUUCCUAGCGACACGAAGGUCAUUUGGAUGAUUGGUGUAAAUGCCAUCGUAGGCACCUUUGUAUCUGAUUAUCUCUGGCUACUUAGCAUGCUCAUGACCUCUCCCCUUGUUGUUACGCUUGGUCUGUCCCUCACCAUUCCCUUGGCGUUGCUUGGGGAUGUACUGGGCUAUGGGCGUGUACUAGGUGCUGCGUACUGGAUUGGUGCAGGACUAGUCUUGGCAGGCUUUUUUGGUGUUAAUGGCGUAGCAUUAAGUGAGCAGAACGAGGAGGCAGAGCGCCAGAAAGAAGUAGCAAUCCAUUCUGCAGCCCCAUGUACCCCCGCCGCUGUUGCAGCGUCGGCACUCAUCUCUGAAGAAAGAGGAGAACGGGAGGCACUGUUGCUAUCAAGAACUCAAAGUCAAGUGAACUGAGAAAAAAAAGAAAAAAAAAAAAGAACCAUAUCUACAUCUUAAUCUUAAUUCAUAAUUUUACACCCCAUCCAAAAAUUCUUUGUCGCCUGUAUCAAUAAACUUGUACUAUAGCU